CCUACAGAAAACAUUUUCUUCAAGUUACUGUUUCUAAAGGUGGUUCUACAUGUUACUGAAUUGUGUGAUGUACUUAUUUUUCCCACCUGGUUUCUGAAUGUUGGUUUACUUUUGAUUUUUUAAAAUAUCAGUACAUUUUGAAAUCUGUUGUGUUUUGUUUUUUUUUAUUGUCACCUGAGGUAAUUUUAUGCUAUAUAAAAACAUAAAAUUAAAGGAGGGUGUACUUCCUUUUUCCUGUGACUGUGCAUACAGCAAAUAAAGUCUGAUGCACUGUUAAUGACUUUACUAAACAUGUUCGGUUCUUUGAAAAGGCAAAAAAGCCAUAGUCUGUGUGAGAGUUCUUUCCUCUUCUAGCCUUUUAGCAACUGACCACAAGUAAACAAUAUCAUCAUGCCCCCUUGUGUUGGUGCACUUGAUCAGCUUUAAGCUGCGUGUGUAGCAGAACCACAGUGAGGCAUCAGUGACACGGAAGAGAAAAGCUUUAACCCACUUUCAGAGAAUACACAUAGAGAACUUUCCUACAAUGCUGUAGGUGCAUUUAUUUUGUCUUUACAGCCACAUACAUCAAACAUUUAUAGAUUAAGAGACCUCAGACACACACUGAGUGAGGAAGUGUUUUUUGAGCCUCAGCUUUCAUCAACUUUAGUCAUUCACUAAUACAGCAAUGCAGGACUUUCAUGGAUAUACUGUUUCCAUCUCUGGUGUGCUGUUGUUUGCGCUUCUACAGGGUGUGCAUGUUGUUUUGGCUAAUCCAAAGACAGUGAUCAGAGCUACAGGGAGCUCCCUGAACUUUCAGCCAGAAUAUCCAGAUGGGACAGUGUCAUUCGCUGAGUGGAAGUUCAAUGGGAAAAAGUUUGCUGACUACACUUCAAACCGCAAUUACUCAUUUCCAGAAUCCCAAUUCAGUGGAAGAUUAAAAGAGAACCAUGAUAAAGUUGGAGUAACUUUACAAAAUCUUCAACCCCAAGACUCUGGGACAUUCUCAGUGGUUCUCAUUCUCAGAGCUAGAGAUGGAACUAGAGAACAGCCUCCAACACAAACAUUUAAAGUUUAUAUUGAAGACCCCAUUACAGCUGUGCAGAUUGAGAAGAACCAGACGUGGAGAUUGUCCACAAACAGCUGUGAUGUUGAUGUGAAGUGUGCAGCGCUCGGAGCUGAGAGUGUCUCCUACCUGUGGAGCGGCUAUAAGACUGGGAGUGGAGCUCAGCUGCAGUUCAGUCUGUCACCAGCAGAAGGAGCUGUUACACUGAACUGCACUGCAGCUAACAACGUCAGCUCCAGUUCUGCUACAGAGACACUGAGCUGUAGCAUUGAACAUCCCAGAACAGAAGCUCCGUUGUCAGUGCUUAAACUGAUCAGUAGUCUAGUGGCGGCCUCUCCGUAUCUGUUGGUGACCAUCAUCCUGGGUGUAAAAUGUUACAGAGCUCGGGGUCAUCAUAACAGGCAGUAUGCUGUAACUGUAAUUGAGGAAUAAACACUUGGCUGUCUGUGGUUCCCAUGUCACAGAUUUACAGUUUAUUGAAGCUGAAAAAAAUUUACUCUGCUUAAAAUAUCUUGCAUAGUUUUAUUUUUUAAAUGAUUUUUUCAUUUACACUCAGAUCUCAGGGGCACAGAAUGUACAGCAUUACUGUUCUUAUGUUUGCAGUUUUCUGGAUUGAAUGUUGGAGUUUCUCUUCCAGGUUAGGGGUCACAACACUGUGUGCCCUUAUGACUGCUGGGAAAGCUCAAUUUUCACUCAUCUUCAGCCUUUCUAGUUCCUCUUCCAGCCCCUUGUAUUUCACUCAUCUUCAACCUUUCAGUUCCUUUUCCAGGCCCUUGUAUUUCACCAGAUUCUUGUAUUUCUUCAUUUGUAUGUUGCCAUCAUUUGAUUGCCAAAUCUAUCACAAGUGCAGUAUUCUGCUCCUUUUCUAUUCUCACCAUCUGUUUGUUUGUCUGGCUGUAUCUGGAGGACACACUGGAUUUUUGUUUUCUUUUGUUUUCUUCUGCUCCCUGUGAUUCCUCUCAUCAGGAGAUAGGACUGUCCAAACCAUAUUCAUGUGUAUCUGUCCCUGUACACAAUCCCCACUAUGUUUACUGCAGUUAAAAUCAUAAUGUGUUGUAAUAGACUAAAUGUAAUCUGGUUUGUGUAAUCUGAUCAAGGACUUGUGAACAGAGGAGUAUUUUAAUGUCAGAGUAUCUUUAUAUGUAUAUAAUAUGCUUCAUUACAUUUUUGGAUAUCACUGUGACUGAGAGAACAUUUUAUUUUAGAAAAAGAGAAAGCAGGAGGGAGAGGGGAAGCAUUUGUAGUUUUAAUGUAAAAUGUUUAUUCUCUAACUAUUCUCUGGAUUUGGCCUUGAUAUCUGUUUCUGGACUGUUGUGAAUGACCUCUGGACAGUUUCUGACUCUAAUUUUGUAUACUGGACUCUUGUAUUUAUUAAUAAACCUCCAGGACAUGGAUCCUCACACAUUUCCUGAGUCUUACAACUCAUUACAUUUAGCAGAUACCAGCUUGCAUUAAAAGUUUAAUUUUGUGUAUGUUUAUAAAUAUGUAAGGAAAGCAGUAUUUGCUGGUUAGUAUUUCUGAAAUGAAUCAGCUAAUGAAAUAGUUAAACAUCUACUGAAAUGUAUUUGUUCUGGAAUACACAGUCUCUAUGUACUUAAAAUGAAUUGACUGUCGUGCCAGCUGUAAUUCAAAUCACAGGUUUAUAUUAAAGUACUUAUUAUAAUACAUUAUUGGUUUUAUAUAUAAUAACCACUUACACAGAGACUUGAAAGCCACACACUCCAUGCAAACUAAUUUUAAAAAAUGUGUGCAAUUGUUGAUGUGGUGAUGUUUUCUGUAAGGGGAUGUAUAUUCAGUAUUUUUUUAAUCCUCUUUUUUUUUUUCAGUUUUAGUAUUGAGAUAUGCAGUGUAGUGUCUGAUCCUGAACAGCUGUAUUGCACACAGUAGAGGACCACACGUUGGCCCUUAACACAAUCUCCUUACCCCAAAACUGCCCAGCUGUGUCUCCAUGUUCUCCUUCUACCAGAUCUGCUGAUAAAUAAUAUUUUAGCUUUGAAAUUUUACUUUAAGAGCAUAAUGGUUUGCAAUAAAAAAUACUUGCCAGUGGAUUCUGUGUACAGUAAAUGUCAUUUGUAAUCCCGACGAAUCUAAUGACUUUUAAGGGGGUAGAACACUUUUGCAAGGGACAGUAAG